UGGUGUUUGAAUGAUUGCUGGUACUGAUGCUAGUGUCGUAUUGUGUGACAGGAAGUUAAGUGCAGGUUAAACGUUUAUUACUUGGCUAUAUGUGUGUAAGUUUCUGUACCACACAAGUGAAUGACUGUGUUUUUCACUGAUAUUGUGAAAUAACAAUGCCACCCAAGCAGAGAAAGAUAGCGAUUAUGGGGUACAGGUCUGUUGGGAAAUCAUCCCUAAGCAUACAGUUCGUGGAAGGGCAGUUUGUCGAUUCAUACGACCCUACAAUUGAAAAUACUUUUACAAAAUCGACUCGUGUCAACAGUCAAGAAUAUGAACUUAAACUAGUGGAUACUGCUGGUCAAGAUGAAUAUUCAAUAUUUCCAGCACAAUAUUCAAUGGAUAUUCAUGGUUAUGUACUUGUGUAUUCAAUUGACUCUGCAAAAUCAUUUGAAGUUGUACAAAUAAUAUAUGACAAACUACUUGAUAUGACAGGGAAAGUCCAUGUUCCAAUUGUUUUGGUUGGAAAUAAAACUGAUCUGCACAUGGACCGAAUUGUAAGCAGUGAGGAAGGGAAGAGGUUGGCUGAUUCCUGGAAAGCUGCAUUCCUUGAGGCGUCAGCAAAACAGAAUGAGUCUGUUGCAGAUAUUUUUCACACGGCAUUGUUGGAAAUAGAAAAAGCCAAUGGCAAUGUACAAGAAAAAUCGAGUUGCACCAUUUCUUGAAAGAAGAUUAUUUUAGCUGAAGUUGCACAUAUAAUAUACAAAUGUUAUUUUUUGUU